AUGUUGGUUCUGCUAAAUGGGUUGGGAUGGAGUCAUGGGUGUGUGGACCAAGACAGGGAGAGUCUCUUACAACUCAAACCAUUCUUCAAGUAUCUUGACUGGCCCAUGAAGGUUGAGGAGACUAGUUCAAACUGUUGUGAGUGGAAAAUGGUGGAGUGUAGUGCUACUACUGGUAGAAUAACCAAGCUCCAUCUUUAUGCUGGAGCAACAGAGACGAAUUUGUGGUAUCUCAACGCCUCUUAUCUUUCUCCUUUUGAGCAACUCACAAGUCUCGACUUGACAAGGAAUCAGUUAGUUGGUUGUGCAGAGAACCAAGGGUUUGAAAUAUUGUGGUCGAGGUUGAGGAAAUUGGAGGUCCUUCACUUAGGUGGGAAUAAAUUCUCUGACAACAUUAUACCAUCUCUAAGUGGUUUUUCUUCUCUUAAGACUCUUUAUCUAUAUGAAAAUGAAAUGGGAACAACCUUAGAUACCAGAGGUUUUGAAAGUCUAUGGCGGUUGAGCAAUUUAGAACAUCUUGAUUUGAGCUGGAACAAAUUCAACAACAGCAUCUUGUCAUCCUUACAUGGUCUUUCUUCUUUAAAAGAUUUAUAUCUUUGGGGAAACCAACUAAGUGGAACAAUUAAUAUGCAAGAUUUUAAAAAUCUGGUCAACUUGGAGAACUUGGACAUGUCUUACAAUGAGAUUACAGGCUUCAGAUCCUUCAAAGGUGAUCUGGAGGUUUUUGAUUGGGAGUUCCUUGAUUUGAGGGGUAACAAUUUAAGUGCACAUGUUUUUGCUUCUCUUAAUGGACUUCCACAUCUGAAGUCUCUAAAUUUAUCUUACAAUCAACUGAGAGGAUCAAUACACCUUAAAGAGUUGUCUGGUUUGAGAAACUUGGAGGAACUACAACUAAGCGGCAACAACAUUGAAGAGAUUGUGGGGCCUGAAGACAAAAUAACCUUGAACAAAUUAAAGGUGCUUGGUCUUGCAUAUCUCCAAACCAAUGGUAAAGGCCUUGUGCUAAAAUCAUUAGGGGCACUAUCAACUCUCAAGACGAUUUAUCUCGAAGGAAAUAUUUUGAAUGAAACAAAUCCAUUUCAAGGUAUGAAAAUGUAA